GAUUGCCACUCAAACUCGAAUAGCUGGGACGCAGGAAAGAUGCCCGCAUCGCAAACUGGAAUUGACAGCUUUUUCUUGGAGCGGAACAUCAGCAUGCCGACUGGAUAUCAGAUCCUGGGAUGCCCACCAGGUGUGCAACAGCAGCAGGCUCAGCAUCUGGCAGCGAUGGCAGCUGGAGUUCCCAUAACAUACUCAGGACUACAGGGAUACAACUUCAUCCCCUAUCCGCACCACAGGCACAUCACACACAUGAACAACGGUUUCGACUUGAAGGUUGCCUCUCCCUACCAUCACGCGCUCCUGUCUCGCGGGGGGGGUUUCUACCCGCCGUACCGCCCUGGAGCAGCCGAGGAUCCUGGUAGGGUGGCCAAAGUGGCCACCCGAGAGAGCACCGGGGCGCUGAAGGCCUGGCUGAAUGAGCACCUCAAGAACCCGUAUCCGACCAAAGGCGAGAAAAUCAUGCUCGCCAUCAUCACCAAAAUGAGCCUCACGCAGGUCUCCACCUGGUUCGCAAACGCAAGGCGACGCCUGAAGAAGGAGAACAGGGUCAGCUGGGCGUGUAAGGGGAAAUCAGACGAGGAGGAUGAUGAGCAGGAGGGAGAGAGCGACGAUGCAGACAGUUCAAUGCAGAACUGUCACCUGGAUGAGCGGGAUGAAGAAGAGCCUCAAAGUGACCCUGCAGACACCGAUGAGCACGUCGAGAGCGCAUUGGACAGCUCAGCAUCUGUGGAUGCGCGGUUGGAGAUGCCGCCGCAGCAGCAGCAGCAGCCAAGCAGCAAACAUGAAGACAGAGAACUCGCAACUGUCAAGAAAGUUGAAAAGAGUGACUCUGAUCACACGCUAUCUUCUUUGGAGAGUAAAGAAAACAUUAGUCAGAAACCUAAAAUCUGGUCUUUGGCUGAGACCGCCACUUCAGAGACUGUGAAGAAACCUCAGGACAAUAUUUACCACCCGGCAGGAAAACUUUGGGCAGAGUGGGCUUCAAGAAACGGACUGUUUGUUCCGUCAUGUUACACCACACAUGAAAUUGUCUAAACGUGGGUUUUCUUUAGACACUAAUUAAAAAGACAUUUUUCAACAUACUUUGCACUUUAAAACUUUCAAACCUCAGGGAUUUGGUCGUUAAUUCCUGCAGUUUGCAGUGAAAUUAAAAUCUGUUGUUUCGAGACCAAAGAUUAAACAUGUUAUUGUAAAUAAAUGUAGAUGUAUUUUUCCAUCACAAACAUGUAAAUUAUGUGUCCUUUCAUUCAUGAAGUAAUAUUUUUGCUUAAAUAAAGUUCAGCUUCU